GGAGGGAGGCAGCAAUAUAGAGAGAGAAGGAGGCAGCCAGCAAUAGAGAGAGAGAGGGAGAGAGAACAGCUUGAAAAAAGGGGAGGGGAGUUCCUGUGUGCAUUCUGACACACCACCGAGAGAGAGGGACCAAGGGGAGAAGAAAGCAGAAUAAGAGAAGGAGAAAUGCAUCAAAGACCAGAACGAGGAACCUAAAGAACAUAUUUUUUUAGAAAGACUGAAAGAUAGUUUUUCUGGCUCCUAGCCUGUUGCCCUUGUCGUUCUACAGACCGUGGAAUACAAGCACUCCAAGGAUAUGAAGACCCCAUGAAGAGAUGGCCGUUGGGUGACGGGAGGUGUUUGAGUGUGUCGAUGGGUGCAGCUUGUGUGGGAGGCCUUUGGCUUUCAUGCUCCUUUACAAUGGGGCUCCAGGUCUUGGCUUGUUGGCAUGGAGAUGAAGGGCAAGGUGGCAUAAACUCUGCCAUUGGACUGACCACUGCUACCAAACAAACACUUGCUUGUGUGGCUCGUGUUCCCCUCCCUGCUUGGUGUACUAUUGUCCGGCCGGUGAAGCUGCUUCCAGUGUGGACAUAGGCUUUGGUGUUGUCUUCUGUUGAAAUUGGACAGAGGACUGAGAGGAAUGAGAGGCAUUGAGGUUAGCAAGAUAAACAGUUAUUGGUGAAGCUCUACUCGGACGAGCACCUCCCCUAGACGUGGAGUUGUCCAAUAUUCUAUGGGGGAAAAGAAAGCACAUUGAACAUCAGUUUGAGAGAGAUAUUUGUAUUUGCUCUGGUCAGAACGUUGUGUACGUCUUGUAUGUCAUAUAAGACGUAGAGCUGUUCAGAGGAAGGCAGACAGCACAGAGUCCCUCUCCCUGUGUCUUACGCUCUACGACUGACGAAUCCCUUCCUCCGCCGGCCGAUGACCUGCCGUCCUCGUUCAUUUAAAUCCCAACCUGUCCGUGAAUCCUGGAGGCAGGGGGACUGUCUCCUUAGGGGGAAGGACCAAACUGAGGACAGCGCUGCAAACUGCAGCCUUGGUGGUGGAAGAGAGCGAGAGAGUGUGGGCGGAAGGAGGGAGACGGCGAGAGGGAGGGAGAGAAAGGGGGGCGUGGCCUUUACUGAACGGAUGAAUGGAAGAGGAGCAGAGGGGAACAACACGUGCUUUGCCGAGCGAACGUGAGAGCGGGAUCCAGAGAGAGGGAGAGCAGAGGAGAGGACACCCCUCACUCGGUCGUCUCCAACGUGGCUCUACGCUGGUUCUUCUUACCCGCUGAUGUUUACCGUAGAGCAGGCGCGUCGAUGUGGUGGUCCCUCACUGAAGAUGAAUGGACCGCUGUGCUUCAUUCUCCAGCGGCACUCGCGACAUGCAGCGCUGGGCUGUUACCCACAAGAUCAGGAGUGACCACUGAGCUGCCUUUCGGUUCAUGAAAUGCCCCGCCAGGUUCAGGUUUAUGUAACGUGGAGGCUGUGUUCCAUUACCUCGUAUGAACAGGCACACCUCGGGAAGCACUUGAGAGCCUCUGGGUGUUUGGAUACCAACUUUAUAGAUCAGUUCAUGGAUUGACUCGACCAAAAUAGGCUUCACAAAGCUUUUUUCUUCAGCACAGGAGGGAUUUUUUCUGUUCCUGUCGUGUAUCUGUUGAUGGUUGAUGGCUCCGAUAAGCUCAGGACAUUCUUCUUCCACAUUACCCGGCUUCUAACGAAGUGCCUGAACUUGCCCUUUGAGAGCUUAGCUUAGCGAGCGGGAGGAUCGGUACACCUGUACCACACAGAGUGCUUAAGGACUAAACCAAAGCCAAACAGACAUGGAUGACUCCAGUAUUCUGAGGCGUCGAGGGCUCCAGAAGGAGCUAAGUCUUCCGCGGAGGGGUAGUUUCUGCCGGACCAGCAACAGGAAGAGUCUUAUUGUGACGUCCAGCACCUCUCCGACCCUACCGAGACCUCACUCCCCUCUGCCGGGACACACAGGGACCAGCCCCCUAGACAGCCCUCGCAACUUCUCCCCGAACACCGCUGCACACUUCUCCUUCGUUCCUGCACGAAGUCACGGGCACAGAGCGGACAGGACGGAUGGCAGACGCUGGUCCCUGGCGUCCCUCCCUUCCUCUGGUUAUGGCACCAACACGCCCAGCUCCACCGUCUCAUCCUCCUGUUCGUCCCAGGAGAAGCUGCACCAGCUCCCCUUCCAGCCCACGCCGGACGAGCUCCACUUCCUCACCAAGCACUUCAGCUCGGAGAGCAUCACCGACGAGGAGGGACGCCGCUCGCCCAACAUGAGGCCUCGCUCCCGCAGCCUCAGCCCUGGGCGCUCCCCCAUCUCCUUUGACCAUGAGAUCGUGAUGAUGAAUCAUGUGUACAAGGAGAGGUUCCCCAAGGCCAGGGCUCAGAUGGAGGUGCGCCUGGCGGAGCUGCUCUCGUCCUCGGCCCCGGACACGGUGCAGCCGCUGGCGGACGGGGUGCUGAGCUUCAUCCACCACCAGCUGACGGAGCUGUCCAGGGACUGCCUGCAGAAGAGCCGCGAGGGCCUCAUCACCUCGCGCUACUUCUACGAGCUGCAGGAGAGCCUGGAGAAGCUGAUGCAGGAUGCCCACGAGCGCUCUGAGAGCGUGGAGGUGGCCUUCGUGACGCAGCUGGUCAGGAAGCUGAUGAUCGUGAUCGCCCGGCCUGCUCGCCUGCUGGAGUGUCUGGAGUUCGACCCUGAGGAGUUCUACCACCUGCUGGAGGCAGCAGAGGGCCACGCCAAGGAGGGCCAGGGCAUCAAGUCGGACAUCCCCAGAUACAUCAUCAGCCAGCUGGGGCUCACCAGAGACCCCCUGGAGGAAAUGGCCCAGCUGAGCAGCUAUGACAGUGGCCACCCAGACACCCCCGAGACCGACGAUUCAGUAGAUGGCCGAGGCGGCACGGUCCCCGCCCCGCAGACCAAAACCAAACCGCCGCGCGAGGAAGACUUUGAGAACAUCAAACUCAUCAGCAACGGGGCCUAUGGGGCGGUGUUCCUGGUGCGCCACAAGGAGACGCGGCAGCGCUUCGCCAUGAAGAAGAUCAACAAGCAGAACCUGAUCCUGAGGAACCAGAUCCAGCAGGCCUUCGUGGAGCGAGACAUCCUGACCUUUGCCGAGAACCCCUUCGUGGUGUCCAUGUUCUGCUCCUUCGAGACCAGGAGGCACCUCUGCAUGGUCAUGGAGUACGUGGAGGGCGGGGACUGUGCCACUCUGCUGAAGAACAUCGGCGCCCUCCCGGUGGACAUGGCUCGCAUGUACUUUGCGGAGACGGUCUUGGCCCUGGAGUACCUGCACAACUACGGCAUCGUGCACAGAGACCUCAAACCCGACAACCUUCUGAUCACGUCCAUGGGCCACAUUAAGCUGACCGACUUUGGUCUGUCUAAGAUCGGUCUGAUGAGCCUCACCACUAACCUGUAUGAAGGCCACAUCGAGAAGGACACCAGAGAGUUCCUGGACAAACAGGUGUGCGGCACGCCGGAGUACAUCGCCCCAGAGGUCAUCCUGAGGCAGGGCUACGGCAAGCCCGUGGACUGGUGGGCCAUGGGGGUCAUCCUGUACGAGUUCCUGGUGGGCUGCGCCCCCUUCUUCGGGGACACCCCGGAGGAGCUGUUUGGACAGGUCAUCAGCGACGAGAUCAUCUGGCCUGAGGACGACGAGGCCCUACCCCUGGAGGCCCAGGACCUGAUCUGCAAGCUGCUGAGGCAGAACCCCCUGGAGCGGCUUGGCACAGGGAGUGCAUACGAGGUGAAGCAGCACGGCUUCUUCACGGAGCUGGACUGGAACGGCCUGCUGAGGCAGAAGGCCGAGUUCAUCCCUCAGCUGGAGUCGGAGGACGACACCAGCUACUUCGACACUCGCUCCGACCGCUACCACCACCUGGACUCUGAGGAUGAGGACGACACCAACGACGAGGAGCACGUGGAGAUCCGCCAGUUCUCCUCCUGCUCCCCCCGCUUCAGCAAGGUGUACAGCAGCAUGGAGCGCCUCUCCCUCCACGAGGAGAAGCGGACCCCCCCGGCCAACAAGCGCAGCCUCAGCGAGGAGGGGGGGCAGCGGGCGGACAGCCUCGGCGGCCUGAAGCCCCGGGACCACCGGGCCUGGCUGGUGGGCUCGCCGGAGAUCCUGAGGAAGCGUCUGUCGGUGUCGGAGUCGUCCCACACGGAGAGUGACUCCAGCCCCCCCCUCACCGUGCGUCGCCGCUGCUGCUCGGCCAUCAUCGAGAUGCCGCGCUUCGCCAUCUCCUCCGAGGAGGAGGGGCUCGCUCCAGCAGGCCCAGCCGGCUGCCGCAAGAGCCCCAGCAUGCUGGGGGUGAGGGGGGCGCGCAGUGAGGAGCUGCCCACCUCCAUCCCGGAGCUGCCCGUUGAGAGGGAGCUGAAGCUGGAGGACACGCCCGCCACCGCCAGCUCCAGCUCCAGCGCCAGCUCCAGCGCCAGCCAGCUCAGCAGGGCCGCCGGCACACCUGGUAGUCUGGGCGGUGUGAGCGAGCGAGCCGCUGGCGGUAGCGGCGUCCCGGACAGUGGCCCCGCCUCCAGCGUCCCGGACAGUAGCCCCGCCUCCACGCCGAAGGCCAUCAGCGACCUGGCGGCGCGCCGCGCGCGCCACCGCCUGCUCUCCGGGGACGCGGACAAACACGCCGCGCUGCCCGCCGCCCGACCCAUCAACAAGGUCAUCAAGUCGGCCUCGGCCACCGCCCUGUCCCUCAUGAUCCCCGCAGACCACCACGGAGCCUCGCCAUUGGCUAGCCCAAUGUCGCCCCACUCCUUGUCGUCCAAUCCGUCGUCCCGGGACUCCUCUCCGAGCCGGGACAUGUCCCCCGCCGUGGGCCCCGUGAAGCCGGCCAUCAUCAUCCACCGAGCGGGCAAGAAGUACGGCUUCACCCUGAGAGCCAUCCGGGUGUACAUGGGAGACACAGACGUCUACACAGUGCACCACAUGGUCUGGCAUGUGGAGGCCAAGGGUCCGGCCCAUGAUGCCGGCCUGAGGGAGGGGGAUCUGAUCACCCACGUCAACGGAGAGCCGGUCCAUGGCCUGGUGCACACGGAGGUGGUGGAGAUCAUCCUCAAGAGCGGCGCCAUAGUAUCCAUCUCGGCCACGCCCUUCGAGAACACGUCCAUCAAGGUGGGCCCCGCCCGCAAGGUCGGCAGCAAGUCCAAGAUGGCGCGGCGCAACAAGAAGAGCAAGACCAAAGAGCAGGGCCAGGACAGCAGUAAGAAGAGGACCUCUCUGUUCCGGAAGAUCACCAAGCAGGCGUCCCUGCUGCACACCAGCCGCAGCCUGUCCUCCCUCAACCGCUCCCUGUCCUCGGGGGAGAGCGGCUCGGCCUCCCCCACCCACAACCUGUCCCCCCGCAGCCCCACCCAGGGCUACCGCUCCACCCCCGACUCCACCCACUCUGUGGGCGGUAACUCGUCCCAGAGCAGCUCUCCCAGCUCCAGCGUCCCCAACUCCCCGGCCAGCUCGGGCCACAUCCGUCCCAGCUCGCUGCACGGCCUGGCCCCCAAGCUGCAGCGGCAGUACCGCUCGCCCCGCCGCAAGUCUGCCGGCAACAUCCCCCUGUCGCCGCUGGCCCGCACGCCCUCGCCGCCGCCCCAGAGCUCCUCCCCACAGCGCUCGCCCUCGCCCUCCCACCCGCUGGGCCAGUCCUUCCCCGUCAAGCUGCACUCCUCCCCGCCGCUGGCCCGCCAGAUCUCCCGGCCGAAGAGCGGAGAGCCCCCGCGGUCGCCCCUCCUGAAGAGGGUGCAGUCGGCCGAGAAGCUGGCCUCCUCGCUGGCCUCCUCGCUGGCCUCCUCGCUGGCCUCCUCGCUGUCCUCCUCGCCCUCCUCCUGCUCCGCCCCCGGGGGGGUAGGGGGGGCGGCGGGGGAGAAGAAGGGCGGCGGUGGCGGCCGGAAGCACAGCCUGGAGCUCUGCCACUCGGACUUCAAGAAGGAGCUGCUGCAGAGAGAGCCCGGCCUGCAGAGCCUGCAGGAGUCUCCCAGCGAGGGGGGGGCUGUGCCCUGCGGGCCGCGGCGUGGAGCAGGGCAGCCUGCAGAAGCACCCCAGGGGCCGCCACGAGGGGGAGGGCCCCGGCCCCCCGGGCCGCUGGGCCUGGCCCCCCCCCGGGCCGCUGGGCCUGGCCCCCCCCGGGCCGCUGGGCCUGGCCCCCCCCCGGGCCGCUGGGCCUGGCCCCCGGGAAGAGCAAGCUGAAGGACAAGCUGUCGGCCAUCCGGCAGGACCGCGCCGGGCGCCGCGAGGCGCUGCAGAAGCAGGACGCCAUCCACGAGGUGGACUCCUCGGAGGACGACACCGACGACGGCUCCGAGGACAGCCAGGACGGGCGGCGCCGG